CUAGGCUCGUAUCAGGACACAGGGCCUCCGCCUCCACCUCCGUUCCAGCGGUACUGAGCUACCAUCCAGAGACCAGUGUGCUGGUGUUCAGCCCGAAAUCAUGUUCAGAGCCGCCCUCCGCCUUUCAUUCUCCGGUGCCCGGAGUCUAACACGUUCACGACCACAGUAUACAGCUCCUCUAGCUGCUCGAUGCUACUCUCAUGGCAAACAGGAGACAGACGAGGAGUUUGAUGCCCGCUGGAUCACCUACUUCAGCAAACCAGACAUUGACGCCUGGGAGCUGAGAAAAGGUAUGAACACGUUGAUUGGUUAUGACUUGGUACCUGAGCCCAAGAUCCUGGAUGCAGCCUUGAGGGCCUGUCGGAGGUUAAACGAUUUGGCCAGUGCCAUCCGUAUUCUUGAGGCGGUCAAGGACAAAGCUGGGCCCCACAAAGAGAUCUAUCCCUAUGUUGUCCAAGAGCUUCGGCCCACUCUCAGUGAGCUAGGAAUCCCCACGCCUGAGGAACUUGGCAUUGACAAAGCAUAGACUUCUGCAAAUAUGAGUCUUCUGAGGACCUGUUGCUGUUGUUGAGAAGGAGUGGACCGCUGUACUUGAAGUCUUUGCCUCAUGUCAUGACAUUUGUUAUAUUUAAUUGGCCUUUAUUAUGUUCUUUUGCUUGUAAAAUAUUGAUGGACUUAAUAAAGGGAGAUAUAUCUUUA